UCGACUCGGAUGAGCCGUUGACGCCAGUGUGCGAGAGGAGCUCGCUGCGGGGCCGCUGCUUCUGCUUCUGUCUGGGGCCGAUAUGCAGAGGCGGGCCGGUGGAAAGACACACAAGAAGGGAAGGCGAUGCAGGAUUCCGAGACAGAGUGUAUGAGUUGAUCAUCUCAGAGGGAAAAAACCCGGUGACUAACGUACAUCCGUCGCAUAUUAAAGCAGGAAAGGGCCGUUUGUGUGCGAGUUCAGCCUCGCUCUCCUUCUGAAGCACUAGCCAGCUAAAGCUAGUCAUGUAGCGCUCCAUUCACACGGACGCCAAACAUGGACACGACUACACACAAUACUUGUGUUUUAUACCGCCUGUGUGGCUAACAAACUCUCGGACGAACGGAUCCCGAUGGAGAUAGAGUGCAGAUGGAGGGGCGUUGUGGAUUUAGCUAGAUAUUCACCCAGAAAAAGCAGUAUCCUCUGUUGAAUCUCUGCUUUGAUUUCCUCGAACCCGUGAAAAGUGCUCCUCUGGUGUUGUUUUGAUCAUUAAAGGCCUCGAUAAGACGUGCUGUGGUAUUUUUAUGUUUUUAUGGCCGGCGUUGAGCUGAUAAAGUUAGCUGUAGCUUAAGCGUGGAUCAGACCAAAUGAAGGAGUAUAAGGUGGUUGUGCUGGGCAGCGGCGGCGUGGGCAAGUCCGCACUCACGGUCCAGUUUGUGACCGGGACAUUUAUCGAGAAAUAUGACCCGACCAUCGAGGACUUCUAUAGGAAGGAGAUCGAGGUGGAUUCGUCCCCCUCAGUGCUGGAGAUCCUGGACACCGCCGGGACCGAGCAGUUUGCGUCUAUGCGAGAUCUGUACAUUAAAAACGGGCAAGGCUUCAUUUUAGUCUACAGCCUUGUCAAUCAGCAGUCAUUUCAGGACAUCAGACCAAUGCGGGACCAGAUUGUUCGUGUGAAGCGCUUUGAGAAGGUGCCUCUGAUCUUGGUGGGGAAUAAGGUGGACCUGGAGUCUGAGCGGGAGGUUGCUGGUUCUGAUGGUCGGGCUCUUGCACAGGAGUGGGGCUGCCCCUUCAUAGAGACCUCGGCAAAGAGCAAGAGCAUGGUGGAUGAGCUGUUUGCUGAAAUUGUAAGGCAGAUGAACUACACCACUUUGCCCGAGAAGCAAGAGCAGUGCUGCACCGCCUGCGUCGUGCAGUGAACGUCCCGGCCUUACUUUCACUCCAGACACAAGAUCCAGACGGCCACUCUCUUGACCCAGUUUCUGACCGUUUGACCCUCUGAGCCACACCUGUGCCACUGAGCCCCUUCAACUCUGACACUAAAGACAUCUGGCCGAGGCUCGGCUUUGAUGGCCGGACAAAUCAGUCAUCGCAGGGUCUUCAAAACUCAAAUCCACCAAGGGUCUGGAUUGUAGAGCACAUACACUAUAUCUUCAAGUUAUGUUUUGGUUACCUGGAAACAAGUCAAGUCUGCGAAUUGGAGCACAGCAAACUUUUGGGAAUGGGGAUAUCUGUGACAGGGCUAUUAAUAGCUAUUUUUCUUAAAUAGGGAAAAGGGUUAUGACGAGCAGGUCAGCUCAGGGCUGUAAUACCCCUGGAGAUGCUCCGUUGCGAAAAUGUUCCCUGUUAUUUCUUUUAACAUAUUAAGUUUGAUAUCUAAUUAUUAAGCUGUAACAGCCAUUAUGCAGGUUGGAGACCUCACUAUCUAACAUUUCUUUUCUUUCUUUUUUCUCCUCCCCUUUUUGAUUUUUUUUUAACUACUGGUAUGUAUGCUUUCUCUCCUAAUACUCUAUUUAUUAAAGUCUUUAAUUACCAAGAUAGGUAACUAUUGCAUUUUUAUAUUCUGUUGGCUGUUUUGGCUUUUUGUGACUACAGUAUGCAUUGUUUCUGAAGUACAGCAUUGAUGAUGCCUUAAAUGAUUACAGUCUGAAA